AUGGAUCCAGGAUCUGUCUUUACUCAUUCUCAUGAUCCCGCUGCAGACCCGUCUCCAACGCCUUCAACAGCCAGGCAUUUACUGUCCCCUAUCGCCUCGUCCAAUUCCGCGGCAACGAAUGUUCCAUUGACCGACGCCGUCGUUAUGGCCUUGAAUCCUCUGGUUCAGUCCCAGCACAAUCCACAUGCGUCAUUCCAGAUUCAAGGGCAGCCAAACGCUGUUACACGCAGUCUUGACGCCAUCAUGGCAUAUGCUUAUCGUUUGUACGGCACUCCCUCUCUUCCGCCCCCGGUUACCCCGAUGCCAUUGUUUCAGCCAGAUGCUAGAGUCCAACCGUCGGAAAAUGUUCACAAGUCUCAUCUUCUCCCCCUCCUUCUCACCCUACGCUCUCUGCAUCCGCGCGACCUACCUAACCUGCUCCUUCUGUCUUGCACUUACUUCGUGCUGGGAGACUACGAGUCAAGUCUGGCCACCAGCUACGAGAUCUUGUCCAUUGACCCUAGUCAUGCAGAAGCUAUGUCUAACAUUGGCACAACUCUCAACGCGAUGGGUCGCGGCAGCGAAGAAGCUUAUAUUUGGUGGUGGGGAGCUCUCCAGUCCUGCCCCGUGUGCUUCGAUGCGAUGGAUAAUAUAAUCGCCAUGCUCUUCAAACAGGCCCAGGAUGCACAGGACAGCCGUAGCAUCGGAUAUUAUCGCCAGGCCUUGAAUGUGUGCGACUACGUCCGGCGCCAGAUUAUCAGCGCAGACGGACAGCUCAACGUAACUGUACCCAACGUCGAGCUCUACCGCCUGCAGCGAUUCUUCUUCACCACUGCCACCCUUGACGCGUCAAUUGAUCAGAACGAUGUGCGUGCAGCUGUCACUUACUUUAGUGCCCUUGAGCUGGUCGUCCGCCCUCCGUCACCAUACCUCGAACAUGAGCGCUAUACCGUGCGAGAUACGCUUCUGUCCACAUGCAUUGCAGGUUACAUCAUCUCGGCAUCAUCUGAUGGACCAAUGCCCCUUGGGAUUAUAGAGAGUCUGCAUAUUGAGGACGAACCUUCCCUUGCAGCGCUAGUGACCAAACAUUCCUUCAAUUUGUAUCACGCCGUUCACGAGGCUGGGGACAAACUGCUCACUACGUUGUUGCACCUGGGCGGAGGUGUACUCCCUUCCAUCCUGCUCCUACCGGAUGAAGUCGCACUGCUGCCAAUGAUAUUGUUCCCUUUCUCCGCGGGAAUUCUGCCGUCCAUUUGCUGUCGAAGCGCUCCGCACGGCGACCUGGAAUACCCCCCAGAGGAGACACGACAGCAGACUAACGUUAUGACGAGUGUCGUACUUCUCACGUUGGCGAACAAAUUUCAUGAAAACUGGCUGCAUAACGUCACGAUUCCUGGCCUCGGCGAGUCUCUCGAUAGCAGCAUCUCAUUGGUUAUUCUAUUCUACUACCUUGCGCUUGCGUUGAAUCCAAGACCGUCAACAUAUAACAACUUGGGCAUUCUUUUAUCUACGAUAACGUCUACCAGAAUGUACAAGAACAUCGAAGGAAGCGAGCAGGUUCUCAGUGGAUCUAUGCUUGCGGGGAUCUACUACCACGCAGGACUCAAGAUUGACCCGAAUCACCCACAUCUUUUGACGAAUCUAGGGUCGCUCCUUAAGGAUCAGGGUCAGAUCGAGCAAGCUGCUGACCUGUACAGACGAGCAGUUCAGAACAAGCCUGAUUACGACAUUGCCCUCGCAAACUUGGGCGAUGCGGUGAAAGACAUGGGUCGCGCUUGGGACGCGAUUGAGUACUAUGAGCGUGCGAUGAAAGCUAACCCAAACCUUCCGGAAGCUAUCUGCGGUCUGGCUUAUUCUCUAUGCUCUGUUUGUGACUGGCGCGGACGGGGCAGCCUGGGAAGUGAAGUUGGUGUUGAUGAAGUCGGGGGGCUAAUCCCGCCAACACACAUGCAGAUAUACCCGGGCUGGGUCACCAAAUUACUGGAGGCAUGUACUCUCCAGCUAGACGCUGCCUAUCUACAGAGCAUCGGUGCUAUAAAGAAGUCCACAACGAUGCAGGAACUAUUGUCUUUUGUUGCCGUCGCAAAAGGGCGACCUCUGCAGGAAAAUGAGCGGUUACGUUGGCAUGCAUCUUUUUCCACAUAUUUUGAAAGUCACAACCGCGUACCGGAGAGGAUAAACGAAGCAAGUCUCAUUAUUCGGUUCAUUGAUUGGCUGCAACCUCGCCUUCAGCGUCAAUGGUAUGUCAAGGCGUAUGGAAAGACGUAUAGUUCACCGCAGGUUCUUGAUCCUGCACCCAAUUUUGGUGCUCUGUUCACUCGGCCACCCCUUCCUGGGGCUCUCAGUAUUCCCGCUGUCCCCUCUGUCCUUCCAUUCCACACGUUCACAUAUCCAAUGUCACCGCGGAUGACCCGGCUUAUAGCUCAUAGGAAUGCUCUUCGGAUCUCUUACAUGGCACUGUCACAGCCUUGGAUUCCAAGACAUGUUUUUCGUCCACCGAGACCGCCACUGAGAGGCAAGCUGAAUGUUGGCUAUAUCUCGAAUGAUGUGAACAAUCAUCCGCUAUCACACCUCAUGCAGUCUGUAUUUGCCUUCCAUGACCGAGAUAGAUUCAAUGUCUUCUUGUAUACGACGAGUCCGUGGGAUGGGACUUGUUACAGGCCAAAGAUAUCGCGCGAAGUAUAUCAAUUCAUUGAGGUUGAUACUUGGCCUGCCAAUGCUAUCAUCGAACACAUUAUCAAGAAUGAGAUCCACAUCCUAAUUAAUCUAGGUGGUUAUACGAAGGGCGCCAGAAACGAUAUAUUUGCUGCGCGUCCGUCACCUGUGCAGAUGCAGCUCAUGGGUUUUGCGGGAACGUUGGCAGGAGGCUGGUGCGACUAUCUCGUCUGUGAUCCGAUAGCAUGUCCCCCAGAAACAAGUGCCACGGAGCUCUGGCACAAGAAGAUCGGGCUUAGCACAGCGAAUCCGUUUCCUGUGCAGGAUGACCGUACAGCUGGCGACGUCGUCUUCGAUUUUGAUGCUGAUGCAGAUCCUGAAUCGAGCUCCGAGGAGUGGACAUAUACGGAGAAGUUCCUCUAUAUGCCUCAUACCUUCAUGGUGACAGACCACAAGCAAUCUUUUCGCCAAGAUGAAAGUCUCAGCGUGACAGAACGGGCGGAAGUGCCCAUGAAGACCAUAUGGCACGAUGAAGAAGUACGGCGAACCCAACUCAGGGAACUGCAUUUUCCCGAUCUUCCGCAGGAUGUGGUUAUAUUCGCCAAUUUCAAUCAGCUGUAUAAGAUCGAUCCGGGGAUUUUUGCGGUGUGGCUCCGCAUUUUGACGAAAGUGCCGCGCAGUAUUAUGUGGCUUCUUCGAUUCCCUCCAGCUGGAGAGGAACACAUUCUUCGAACGGCGAAGCUUUGGGCUGGUGACGACGUCGCGUCUCGGAUUCGAUUCACGGGCGUUGCCAGGAAGGACCAGCAUGUACAUCGCAGUCGUGUUGCUGACUUGUUUCUGGACACCACAGAGUGUAAUGCGCAUACGAUUGCUGCGGAUGUCUUAUGGACCGGAACACCAAUUCUGACGUUCCCAAAGUACGUUCACAAGAUGUGCUCUCGCGUGGCUGCAAGUAUAGCCAAUGCUACCGGGUUCGGCGACCAAAUGGUGGUAUCUUCCAUGAACGAGUACGAAAGUCGUGCUAUUGCUCUGGCAAAUGGCGUGCAGUAUACACUUGUCAAUGAACCUGACGGGACGACCUUGCUUCACGGACAAGGCGAGCUAAUAGACCUUCGGCGUAACCUGUUUCUCAACCGAGACGUCAUGCCGCUUUUUGAUACAAUACGUUGGACGAGAAACAUAGAGAAAGGCUUCAUUGAGGCAUGGAGACGCUGGGUUGAAGGGACACAGUACGAGAUGUCGGAUGAAUGGGAAGCUUGUCAGGGGCAGGAGAAAGAAAGUGGAUGCAUUUGGAUCACUGAUGCCGAGCCGCUGAGCGUGACACAGUACAGCUAG